UCCGCCGUCGAUAUUGGGGAACCUUUGAACACCUCCCCCUGUUACCGAGGAGCAACGUCAGCUCAGUCCCGGCUACAGCUGACCCACCAUGGCCACGUCUACCUCCAAAGACUUCCUGGUUACCUAUUUAAUGCCAGAAAAAUGUUACGAGAGGAUUUUUGUCAACUUUCAAGUGAACGUGCCUUGCCUACAGUUUAUCAUGAAAAGAGUUGUCGGAUUUUGGAUCUUACUGGACGCUCUUCUGGCACAGUUGCCUCAGCUGUUGAAGAUACUGUGGAGAAGAAGUGCAGAGGGCCUGAGUCUGACCUCAGUCAUCUUGCAGCUGUAUGCCUUCUCGUGUCCUGUUGUGUACGCCAUUGCCAACAACUACCCACUCUUCGCCUGGAGUGACAGGCUCUUCACUUUGGCCCAGACAGCAGCAAUUAUCUUCCUCAUCCUGCAUUAUCGUGGUGACACCCUCACAGGGAUGCUGUUCCUCUUGGCUUAUGGGGGAGUAAUGUUCCUUCUGGGCUCCUACGCAGCUGCAGCAGUUGCCUCAGUGAUGCAGGAUUCCAGUUUGGGAGCUUUAAUUGCAAGCAAGGUUCUCCAAGCUAGAACUAACCACUGUAACGGCCACACGGGCCAACUGUCGACUCUGUCAGUGUUACUGUCGUGGGCAGGAUCUCUGGGGGUCAUCUUUGUGUCUCUACAGGAGACAGGAAGCUUGUUCACCACUCUGUCUCAUACACUGUCAGCCGGUCUCAGCUGUGUCCUGCUGGCCCAGGUUCUCUGCUACAGGAGCAGCACCGCCACCACUAAGAAGAAGAGUGAGUAGAGGUGGUGGUCGGUGACAAAUGAACACUUCCAUAAUAUGUAAAUCCUUCCUGUCAUUCAAGAAUUGGGAUGUGAUUCUUCGCCAGAUGUUGGCAUAUCAGGGACUCAAAUACAGCACAGAUGUAACAUGAAAUGUUUUCAGUGUCUUUUUGUACAAAAGUGCCUGUGUGUUAUACUCAGUUCUACUUUAAAGAACAUGGUGUGCUGUGUGUCUGUGUAAUUUCGAAUUCUUGUUUGACAUGCUAUUUAAUCAUUUUAUACAUUUAAAUUUGUAUUUCUGGAGUUAGUGUCCCAUUAUCGUGCUCUCAAGUGGUUUAAGUAAGAAAUACUUCACUCUGAGGGGGAGCACACCUUUAAAUGGCAUUUGUAGGCGUCAGCUGCAUUAUAAGUCUUUCACUAGUUUGAGUAAUUUUUAACACAGGGUUUUAAACUGUGGAAGAGUCAUGCAGCAGGCACAGGCUGAUUUGCAAGCUUUCUGUUUCACCGAUACUCACUCCUCUGUGAUUGAAAGUACAUCCUGCUGAUGAUGCAUUCAUGUCAUGUCAGAUUUCCCUCGCAGCAUCUCGCACUCAAGCAUUGAGGGUUGGGUCCUUGUCAAUAAUUUUUCCACUUAGGUCUAAGAGAUUGAACACCAUCAACCUUGAAGUCACAAUGAGAGCAAUUAGGGGAAAGCUUCAUGAGAGGCUGCUAUAGUAGCUCCAGUAAAUAAUGUCAUUAUGAUGAUCAUUAAAACAACCAUUUUUACCUAUAUAUAGGAUUUGGAAUAUACUAGAACCUGUGAACCAUGUAAAAUCCUUUCAUGAGCGCUCUUUCGACUGGCCUCUGAGCUUCAGGUUAAUGCCAGCCACCGUGAACAAAAUGUUCAGUGUUGCUCAGUAACACUGCAAACAUUUCACUGAGGUGACUGAGGCAGCCAAUAACACAUUAACAGUGUUUGUUUUGGCAGUUACCUGUUUGUUUCCAUUCGACUCAACACUUUAAUACUGGUGAUGUGGCUCACCAGCUAUAAUAAAACACUUUCUUUUAUGCAUUUUUACUGUUGCACAUUUAUGGAUUUUCUCACUUGCACACCUGUUGAACUGUACAGUGAACUCAAUUUAAUGAUACUGUGAAUUAUUGUCUCUGAACAUUUGGUAAUAAAAUAAAAGAACAAACAGAACUGUUACCUUCAGUCACCUUUGUCAGGACCGUAAAAAGGCCUUAGGCGCAGAAACGCAUUAUCUGUGUGUACAUAAAAAACACGGCCUCCUACAUUUCCACCUGAGUCUAUUAUUUCAUUAUGUUUGCAUUUUCACACAGCUGACUUUCUGAAUGACAAAGUUAAAUAUCCAAAGC